AUGCAAACAAAACUUUUGCUUUCAGAAACGGGCUGGAUGGGCUGCAUUGCGUUCGACGCGCCAUCUCUCCGUUUUAACUUCAAAGUGAAUAUGGUGCCUUGGACUCAAAUAUUCGCUCAGGCUCUUGGGUUCCGUAUGAACUGGGAUACACCGCCUGACACGUUCCAUCCAUACAGGAAUCAUUUUAUACAUAGACGUACUGUUUAUAGUCACACAGAGGAGUUAUUAGAUAAGCAGCAAUCAUCGGACACGGAUAGAUGGCACAAUAAAACGGCAGAAGAUUGUAAAGUAUCGCAGUUAUCCUGCCCGUUCUCAUUCCUAGACGUUUCAUUGUACACCGAUACUGUUUAA